GAAGUUGAAAAUAAUUCAACCAGUGUAUAUACAAACUUAUUUGAAAUGGAUAACAAUGAAGUAUUGGGAUAUCUUAUUCUGAGUAUACUAAUGGAUUAUUUUUAUCAAUAUUUUGUAAAUAAUAAUCUUGUUCACAUUAAUAAUGUGAUGGAUGGUUUCAUUGUUUCUGCUGAUUAA